GAAAUGACUCAAUGACCAGUAUGGUUUUGGUGUCUUCUUCUCGAUUCUUACAUACUUUCUUGGAAGUACUUAGAAGUUCUUCACGGUUCCUUUUAAUGCUGUCCUCCUCGAAGAUACCUAUAAGUGUAACUGGGUCGCGGAGCAACAUGAUUCUUAGGACCCCCACCUCUGUGAUUUUGAAAUUUUGACUAGUUCUUGUGGUGACUUCAACAUGCACUGAUGUGCCCCUCAAUGAGUCUUGCCGGAGCCCUCGAGGACUGUGCGGAAGAGCUAGUGGUCUCCAUCAUCGACCUCUGACAAAGAAGCAGGCGCACCAACCACUACUAGUCCGAACGAAUAAUCAUCAGAAAAGCGACUCCUGUAUCUGCAUUGCUGUAUGGAGAAUCGUGCGGAGUCCUGGGAUCGAGUAAUACCCUCAUAGAAAGAAGGAUCGGCCCAAGGAGAACAUCUACGAAGGGAUUACUUGAACAGCAGGCAUGACGAGGAAGGUAAAACUCUCGUAGUGGUACGUCAACGAGGAAGGUAGAAUUCUCGUAGUACGUCAUCAACAACGACAUCUCCUAUGAACAAGAUGGGAGGCCCAUCCGGAGCUGCUGCGCCAUCUUCUCCGGAUAAAAACAGAAGUGGAGCUAGUACUGCUGAAGAUGGCGGCUACCGUAUGUUUGAGGAAGGCGAAAGGAUGGAUGCGGAUGGGAGAUAUCUAGCAGGCAGACGUCUUGGUCAGGGGGCUUUUGCAGAAGUCUUGCGCGUUUUUGAUUAUGUGAAGAGAAUAGAGGACUUUUUUUGCUUUUCUUAAUUUAGCUCCUCCUCUGUCUACUUCUGUAUCUGGAACUACUGGUCGUAGUUGAGAUAGAUGUUGCUUGGAUGAUGUUCUAUCGAUUGGCUGUUGAUGAGAUGUGAAUGUUUUACUUUUCGAAUUCGAUCUCACUAUGAGCGCACGAUAGCGUGCAAAAGAGAAAGUCGGGACUCUUACUUCUUUCAUUUCCAUCGCGACAGUGGUGUCACAGCGGUGGCCAAGGUGCUCAAGGGUGGCGAGAAGGGCAAGCCUCCGACUGAAAACGCGAUAUACAAGCUGCGGGAAGAGGCUCUGAAGCACGCGCGACUGUGCGUCAGCUGGUCUCAGAUACCAAGAGACGAGUAUGGCAGGAGGUCGUGACUUGGAUAUUACCCGUAGAAGAGACGUUGCUCUGAUAUUACCUGUAGAUAACAAGACAUCCUUCUCGCGACCUAGGGACUUCGUUACCGUAUAGAGUUUUUAGCUACAGACUUGGAGAGCAGAUCUGGAAGUACUAGGACCGCAUACCUUUUAUAGUACACCGGGAGGUAAUCAAAAGUGAGUGAUCUUUUGGAGAAUUCCUACUGACAUCAACCUGUUCUAAUGCCAAGUGGGCACGGGUUUUCUGCUCAAACCUGUGGAGGCAACCGAGAAGGAGUCUGCGGGCUUGCAGGGUGCGACGAGCUCCUCAAGUUCCGGCAAGAAUUCAAGCAAGGCGAAGCAGAAAGACCAACAAAGCAACAAAGUUAAGGCUCAGUGGCUAUAUCUACACUUUUCGGGGUCAUUUCGAUGCAUAGGGCGCUAGGGUGCCUGGCGCGUGUCCCUGGCAUCUUCUGUGGAUGUUUCAGAUGCUCCUGCUUUGUGGCGAUGUUUUCAGUGGUGUCGCUGAUGAAGGUCCCGCAACAAUGUGCAAGGGCUGGCAAUGCCGGCCCCCUCUAUGCUGUGAGGGGUCCCCUGCUACUAUGUCCGUGGGGAUUCGCUGCGCGCUCCGCUGGCCCCGCAAUGAGGAGGCGCCACGCGCCGCCGAGAUGAGACGAUAGCAACGGCCGCCCGGUGUGUCUAUCUGUGUGAGCUUGCUGGCCGCGAAGAGAGUCCGCAGGGCAGGCGCAUCGUGAAAACGUGCUGGGACCCCGGGAGAGCUGCAGACCGGCCGGAGACUUGAGCGUGACGCUGAGCGGGCCAAAACAAAGACGCCACCCGGGCAAGCCGCGGGCCGCGUUGCCCAUCUGGGUCGCCUAUCUGAGUCACCUACCCAAGUCGCCUGCCUGAGAGAGUCCACCACCCGGGCCGCCUAUCCGAGCCGCCUGCUUGAGUACGUAAGAGGCGCGGCGCUGCUUCUGUCGGUUAGCCCGGGGCCUCUCAGCGCUGGCAAGACAUUGCGCGCGUGUGUGUGGAUACUUGGGCACCGCCAAAGGCGAAAGUCGGGGGGCGUUCGCCAACCUGUGGACGGGGGCGAAGCGAAUGACGCACGAGACGGCCUGAGGGAAGGCGGCUGGCCUUCGGCUGGGUGCGGCCCCAGGCGUGCCGUGUUUCUUCGUCUACCAUACGUGUGGCAGAAUGCAGCACGUAUUGGCCUGAUGUCUCCCGUGGGGUAUUCUCCGCGCCACAGGUGAACGCAGCUGGGCGGGGGUGUUUCCAUUGUCGAAAGAAAAGCCGCCCGAAGUGCGCGCCUUCUUGGCGAGCAACGGAGCAGGCCCGCGCAAUUGCUGGCGGUGUCCGUGUGUGAGUGAUUUUGCCCGCCCCGGACGACCAUCGCCCCGACGGACUUGCAAGGGGCGCGCUCCUUCACCCUCCCUUUGUCGGCUCGCCCGAAGUGCGUGGGGCAAUCCUCGUGAGUAAGCUGCCCCGCCUUGGUUGUUCUUUUUAUAGUGUAGAACGGCUGUGGGUAUCAUUCGUCGUGGCGUGGGCUUUCUUUGCGGGUGCUUCUUCGGGCGGCCGCGGGCGAGUGUCUGGCAUCGGCCAACCCAAGUGAGAGCGCGCCCCGCCGGACAAGUCGCAGGGCUGUUUGUGGGAGAGCCGCUGGCGCCGAUUUCUUGGCCCGUAGCACCCAGGCCGGCGGGGCGGCUUGCGUGGCGUUUCCCUGGGUAGGCUGUGCCAGGGGCGCACUGCAGUAAAAAAGAAGUAGGGCUUUUAUUAUACAGGGUCACUAAGGUUGGUUGACGCCAGUCCAUGUAUGCAGGUACUGAACCAGCUCAGUUCUAAUAUGUGCGAUCAGGGACCCAGGGUCACGGCUGGCACGAGCAGUGCGUCCUCCAGUACCGCUUCGCUUUUGCGUAAACCAGUGCCGUGGACACAGCGAGCAGUGUUAGCCCGAUUGGGAAUACCCGGUUGGCUAACCGUACCUGGACCCGCUAGACUGCAUGCAGCGCACUCACAGGCACGUCCAAGAACAGUGGUAAGCAUCCGGGUGUAUUUGCUUUUCAAUAAGAGCCUUGUACAGAAUGCUACUGUUUCCCCGAAGUCACCUCAACAUGCCGAAUAUCAACAAUCCUGAAGAGUUUGUUUAAAUGCAUCCACAUUCCACUUCUCCAUAACUUGUUCUCGUCAUUCAGACUCCCACCUUCAUGUUCUGUAACUUCUACCCGUCUAAGGACUGGGUAUAUCAUCAUCAUCAACAGGUUCCUCGUUUUAUCGCAUAUUGCGAAGGCAAGCGACCUUAUAUUUUGAUGGAGCUGUUGGGUGUCGACUUAGCACAAAUACGUAAAAAUGUUGAGAACCAUCAACUCUCACUCUUCGCAACCGGAUUUCUUGGGCGACAAUUAAUCGAAUGUCUACGCUGUCUCCACGAAGAAGGCUUCAUACACAGAGAUGUGAAGCCACAGAACUGUAACAUUUUGAUUCUUUUCUUGUAAGUGCAAUUGAGAGCAUCAUCUGCAUUGCAUCUAUUGAAUACUUGAGCACGAACAUCUUCUGCAUCGUCCUCAAUAUUGGAUGCUGUUGCUGCCACCUGCUCUUGCAAACACUAACAUGUUGUAGUUUGGCAUCAUACAUACUUCUUCAUACUCUCUCCGACUCCGAGAUGAAUACGUAAAACUACAAUCCCCAUCCAAACAAGCCCCAAGCCAGGUGCUCUAGGGAAUACAGAAGCGAUGGACUUACAUCUAGUUGAUUUCGGCUUAGCAGAAGAGUUCGAUUUGCUAGCGGAGACGGUUCAGAAGAAGACGAAUCAACCUUUUCGAGGGACUGCUGUUAUGGCAAAAUUGGAUCAUGAUAUGAUUUAGAAGUCUUCAUUGCGAAUAUCUAUCUAGAAGGUUAUAGAAGGUGAUUAAGGUACACUUCCAAAGACAGAACUACAAAGUUUAGAAUCCCUACAGCUAUGCGCCUCUAAUCCACCCUACGCGUCAAUCAGUGCGUUGCGGGGUAACUCCCAUUGCUGGAUGUGCGAUUUGGAGGGUGCUAUGUGGGUCGCGAUCGACUUGGCAUUAGGCGGUUUGCCUUGGAGGCGGAACACUUUUUGUUAUGGACAGAUGGUUUUCUCUGUGCGAUCGGAUUUCGCUUGAUGAAUUUCCUUACGUUCUUUUCAUCAACUAGGUCAAGGCCCACGCACCUCGUCUUGCAUUAGCGACUAUCAAUUGUCCAUUUCUGUUUCUAUCUUCUAAUGUCACAAAACGAAAAAUCCAAAGGAAAAGUAUGCGAGAAUUCUGACGGAAAAACUGAAGUUUGUCGACGAAUUAAAGGGAGCCCAGCACAAAAAAGGCGGUGCGUUCUCAUCAUUAAGGCAUUUGCUCAACUAGAUGUUGUAAAUGUCACUUUAGUAAGCUAACCUGUUAGUCUGGCUGCUGACGACUGCACGAUCCGGUGAAUCUAGAGUUUCACCACUCAUUAAUCUAGAGUUGAAAUUGCAUCGAGUGCUGCACUGUACUUUCUUAGAAGUAUCCAUCCUGAUUCAGCCUGAUACUACUUACGGCUACUCGCCUGCAUAUAUUUUUUGAGCUUAUAAUGCUCCUUUUCUACGCAUGAGGUAAGGCGUUCCGGGCGAUCUUCGUUCAUAAUAAUUGUGACUUCUUAUUAGCCCAUCUCUUCUAAGAGCAACAUCCUCUUCAGCAGCUUCUUCAAGAAAUGGCAUCUUCUCUCCUCGUAAUGGCAUCUUCGCUGGACCGUUUGAUGACGCAAGAGAUUUCCGCACGAUACAGCAACUCAGUGACGAGAGGCGCAGACGGCGGAGGAUACUACUGAGUCCACAGUCUUCUAAUGGAAUUUUCCUGCCACCCAAAAGAGAUCAGAGUUUCUUAGGUGUCAUCGAUGAGGGACGAGCCUUACAACUUGGAGAUUUAGACGGAGCGGAGCCAGCGUCCAAGAGAGCGAAAAAGGCUCCUCCAAGUAGUAAAGUAGACCUGCAGGAGCAGGACACGAAGAAGAAGUCAUCAGAGAAGAAAGGAAAGCCAAAGAUGAAGGAGGUUCCGGCUUCAAAACUAGGUGGCGAUCAUUUGAGCAAGACUCGGCAAGCAAUGCUAACAUCUGGCGGCCUAGCCUCUUUGAGUCAGGCGACGCAAGACCAAGUACCACCACCAACGGGAGUAGGCACACCGGCAAGUGCGUUGGCCUUCAGUCAGGACACAGAUCUAUCACGCUUGCCGGAAUUGACAGUAUGGAAAAGUCAAAAUGUCCUAAAUCUAUCAUGCAUUGUAGAAAAGAAUACUCAAAGACGUCCUGUCGUUGUUCAUUCAAGUUCGAACUUCCUCCUUUCCGCACAAUAACCUGAGCUCCUAUAAUAAUUCCUAUGUAUUCAUCAGAAUCCUUGCUCUAUAUUCCUCCACCUCCUCCUCCCCCCUAUCCUCUCUUGUUCAAAAUCCGGCACCGUAGCAGACGACCAACGCGUAGAUCAUAUCGACUAUCAAGGAUUGGGGGAAUGGCUUCCACCAAGAUUCAUCGAGACUUUUUUGCAGCUAACGGAUAUGAACCGUGAGAGGAAAGUUUCAAUGCCCCAGAGCGCCGUGUACGAGUCUGUCUUGUCAGCCUUCGAAGACCUGCAGACGUUGGGGGACACACCGGCUUACCGAAGGCAUUUCAAGCGCGCUGAUGCUAGUGCAACGUCGAGCAAAGCCGGCAGCAAAGCAUUUGCAACCAGCAAGCUGAGCAAUCUAGUAGCUCCCUUUCCUUCGACGAUGCCACGCACUGGCGGUAAUAGUGGCUCUACCAAGUUAAUAUCACCAGAGAGUACUAGCACUACCGCUUCAUCCAUUUUAGCCGAUCUGGAGAGCAGCGUCACAAGCCAACCCAACAACAAUGGAGGUACCAACAACAAUGGAGCUUCUUCAAGCCUCGUGAUAGAGGGCAACCGCAGUGGUAGUGGGUCAUCUGCCUCUCGGAGUAGUUACAACAACGACACUCUCGUGGCGUUAUUUGAUGAGCUCUAUUUCAGCGAGGGUCUCUUCGGCAGUGUGCGGCGGACUAGGUUGCUUCAGUCUCUCGAUGUUGCAGCGUCAAGUGGAAACAAGACGACAACGACAAGUGGAAACCAAGUAGGCGGUCUCGGAGGUCUAGGAGGUGGACAAAAGCAGCCGCACACCAUUUCCAGUCUUAUCGCAGCCUCAAUGGAACAAGAAGGAAGAACUAAGGCAUUAGGAGGUGGAGCAUCUUCAUCACUGAAAGGUGUACCCAUGAUACAACCACCUUCGAACGCUGCUAACACCCACCUCUUCGAGAAAAUGCGUGCAUUUUACGACGGACCCAAGAAACAAAGAACGUCUGCUGAGAAGGCUCCUGCAGCGACAAACAAGGGUAGCAAGCAAGCAGCGGCAACAUUAAGGCUAUACAUGGUUCUUGUUGUGACUCUUAGGUAGUUCGUUGUGCAGUGAUCUGAGCAAAAAGAAAAAUACUACACCAUCGAUCCCUCAUAAAGUUGUAUCGAUUCAUCUGAUAUUACUUUAAGGCUCAAUAUAUUUCAUUUCUACAAGUCAUUUCUCCCUAUUUCCUUCUUAGGAUUGGGAGAAAUGUAGGCAAGAAAUGAAUUGUUUUGAGCUCUAAUUACUGUCUAAAACAAAGUGAUAUGAUCUUCAUCUUCACCCUCUAACUGCUGCGCGAUCUCCACCUCCGAAAAAGCAGACUAAAAAGACGCCAGCUGCGAAGCAGACUGGAAACGCGAAGAGCACUUCCAGUAAGGCGUCAACCCUAGGGCCAAAAGUAGGGUGGGUGACAUUUCGCGGCCAGGAUAAUAACAAGGCAGGAGCGUCGAACAAGACAGGAAACGCAAAUGCCGCCACUAGUAGCAGAGCCAAGGCUUCUACACCGAAGAAGCCUGCCAAAGCUCCUAAUUCUAGUGGAGGAAACAAGAAUGGUGGUAAUAUCCCGGUGUCAAAGAUGGGAUCGAAAGAGACAAGAACGCGCAAGUCUAACCCAACUCCACCCAAAGCAGUGAAAAAGACGUCUUUGCCGGCAAAGAAAACUAAUACUACUACUAAGGCGAUGAAGAAAUAAGUACUUGCUCUUCUAGAAGUGAAGAUAUUAGAGAACCCGUACUAUGUAUUUCUAUUUCGACUUUCGAGUGACUACAGAUGUUUACGAGAAUCUACAUCUACUUCCCGAUGGUCUCAUUACGGUACUAUUUUCCAGUGACUAGAACAACUUGCUUACUUCAUGGGCACACGAUUGCUUUCCAUCGACUAGAAUCUACUACUCGCUUUCGCUCGCACGAUAUUCUCUGGGUAUUGAUAGAUGUUCAAACGUCAAAAUGUAUCCUCUGGGGGGAUCCACUACUGAUCAAUUGUGGUCAAAUUUUUUAGUUUUUCAAUGAACAAUAUUUAUGAUUGUUCAUGCCGCACAAUCUAAGAGGCAAUGAUGCGAGCAUCUCGUGUACAACCACACGCAAAGACAAUAGAAACAACCGAGUACUAUUAAAUUGUCACGCAAUUCAAUCAAGUACAAAUUUUUCAAAUCAAAUUUGUUUAUACCAAUUAAGUAGUACACUUCCUUACACGCACACAAAGAUUGUGCAUUGGCUAGGAUUACAUGAGUAUUCAUGUCGGCCAAGAACCGUAACCAAUAGCUCUUUGGAAAUUUUACUAGGGAUAGGGAAGUGCUGUGCGCGAUUGCAACCACAUAUUUUUAGUUCUCUUGUGACUAGGGAAUACUUUUAUCGCCACAGCUCCGCU